AUGUUUCUUGUUCCUCCCACCAAUGAUAAGAAUCUGGCCUUCUGGCUCCCCGAGACCAUCGUCACAGAUCUUUGUCGUCUCUCCGAACCCUCGUUCUCGAGAAAUCCUCUUCCUCUCUCACCGAGCCCUCACCGGCGAGCCGUUCUCUCGUUGAUCUUCGUCGUCUCUCUUGUUCUCGAAAAAUCCUCUUCCUCUCUCAUUGAGCAGGCGAGACAUUCUCACGCUUUGUUGGCCGGUGAAAUCAGACGCAACGAAGUGACCCCGCAGGCAGCAUGUGUUCGACGUUAG